AUGAUGUACAAAGUAACAGUUGCAUUUGUUCAUAGUAAAUUUGACUCGGUCAAGGUCUACCCGACGGGUGAUCAUCAAUAUUUAAUGAAACCAUUAAAUUUUGAAAGUGAAAAUGAAGCACACACAUUUUUAGCAUCAAAACAACAAAGCCCUAAUACAGAAGAACCUGAUGAAGAUGAUAAAUGUCUGGACAAAUUUGAUACAAAUGCAAUGACAACAGCGGAUGUUGCAACGGAUGAAAGAUGGCGUGUAAGUUAA